AUGCUCAGGCUCGCGCAAAUGGACGGCAAACUCGUCCUCCUCGGCCUCCCAUCGUCUCUUUCCCAAGCCCUCGGGAUGGUCUCCCCAGCUCCUCGAGCAGCGUCAGUAUUUUCGGAUGCUCUUUUGGGCGGCGAGCAGGGGGUGCAGAUGUUGCACUAUCUUCGGAAGAGCGAGGUGGAUGAGCCCGGGGAGGAGGUAGUGGAGCGUAUGUGCAGAACAUGGGAUGAUGUUGGUAGUGAUGCGGUAAGGCUGGACGAGAAGGCCCGAGAGUAUGAUCUGGAGGUUGAGCAGUACAUCGAGGCAGCCCAAACGAAUCCAACUUUCCUGGUGGAGAAUUACCACCGAGCCGUAAAGUCUUACGACCUCAUGGUCAACAUCCGUAUGGUCGAGGCUGUGGUCAAUAUUGAGAAGACGCUACAGCUCGUUGCAAAAGGCAAGUCCAAUGCCAUGGUGAUCGAAAAGCGGAAGAGCAAGGUAGACAGUAGAGAGAUUAGAGGAUUGUCGGAUAGUGUCGAAGAAGCUAGCGCGCACAAAGCCAAAGGCAAUACAGCCGGGAAGGCAAGUAAGUACGAGGCUGCUAUCAAACACUAUCUGGCAGGACUUGUCGCUCUCUGGCCUUGGACGGCAAACUCGUCCAUGUCGUAUGGUACCGCCACAACCACCGGUCUCGCUCAAAUUGAGCAAGCAUUGCUAGGUAAUAUAUCUAUCAUAGCUCUCAAGACGCCGCCCAAGACGGGGCCCAAGAGAGCUGCGUGGGAUGAGAUAGCCAAGAUUGCCUGUGAGCUGGUGUUGAUGAUGCGCUAUAUACCGAACGGAACUAUCAUGAAGGCCGCUGAAAGACUUGCGCAGAUCGAGACCAGGACCAAGCGAGACGGUCGGAUGCCUAACGGUGCCUGGCAAGAGCUCGUCAACGUCGUCAAAGACAAGCCGUCGGAUCACUGGGCGCACCGACAGUGCUAUACCAGUCACGACUGCUGCGAUUACGACUAG